UGCUGGAGGAUUUCUGCCUUCACGCAGCCGCUCAGACCUUUAUUCUGUUUGAAUGAGGAAAACAUCACGUCUGCCUCUCUGGAGCUGUCACAUGGGGCCGAUCGCUUCCUGAAAUGAUCCUCGUCAGUAGCGAUGUAGCGUUUUUAUGUUUUUGUUCUUCUAACGUGACAUCGCACCGCGUUUGAUUUUUUGUUUUUUCGGCCGAUCGGAGCGUCCGCGCGCCGAUGAUGAUCAGCAAAGUUAAAAACGCCAUGUCCAACCUGGUGGGAGGGAUGGUGCCGCACGGACACCACCACCACCACCACAACCACCACCCAGGGGGCGGCCAGACCUGCGGACCGGACAGCCUGCCGCCCCGCUUCCCCUACGGCCGGCCGGAUUUCUUGGACCUCACCCCGGAGCUCCUGCAGUACUCCACCGAGCACGCGUCGCGGCCGGUGCUCACGCUGAAACGAGACAGCAGGCUUCCGUGGCGCACGGGAUACGCAGAGGUGAUCAAUGCGGGGAAGAGCAUGCUGAACGAGGACCAGGCCUCUUGUGAGAAGCUGUUUGUGAAGAAGCCAAGUGGAAAACACCGUAACUCGUCUCUUCUGGAGGACAGCGGGGAUGGCACAGGAAUCCCCCUCCACUUCUGGGGGGUGUUCGAUGGACACGCCGGCUCGGGCGCCGCCAUCAUGGCCUCCAAGCUGCUCCACCGCCUCAUCAGAGACCGGCUGGGAGAGAUCUGUCACCUCCUGGAGAACCCCGGCAGCGCGCCCCCGAUCUGCCUGGCCAAGAACGGCAGCCCGUACCAGGCCGACUCCAAGAAAGGCGCCGCGCAGGAGCCCGAGGACCCCGACGCCGUCAGCGACUCCGCCGUGCGCUUCCACAUGGAGAAGGUCGUGAGCAUGGAGAGCCUGGUGAUGGGGGUCAUAGAGACCGCCUUCAAACAGAUGGAUGACCUGAUUGAAAAAGAAAAAACGUCUUAUGCCAUUUCUGGUGGGUGUUGUGCCUUAGCUGCUAUUCAUCUAAUGGGAAAACUCUAUGUAGCCAACGCUGGAGAUAGCAGGGCCAUAAUUAUACGAAACAGUGAAGUUAUUCCAAUGACGAAUGAAUUCACACCUGAGUCGGAGAGACAGCGGCUACAGUAUCUGGGAUUCCUGAGGCCAGAGCUCCUGGGUAAUGAGUUCACUCACAUUGAGUUUCCUCGGAGGAUCCAGCACAGCGAGCUGGGGAAGAAGAUGCUCUACAGAGACCACACCAUGACCGGCUGGGCCUAUAAGACAAUCGUUGAAGAUGAUCUCAAAUUCCCGUUGAUAUAUGGAGAAGGGAAAAAGGCUCGUGUCAUGGCGACAAUCGGAGUGACGCGCGGACUGGGUGAUCACGACCUGAAGGUGUACAACUCCAACAUUUACAUAAAGCCCUUCCUCUCAUGUGUCCCAGAGGUAAUGGUUUAUAACGUGGACGAAAACAAGCACGGGCCGGACGACGUCCUGGUGAUGGGCACAGAUGGACUGUGGGACGUGACGACGGACCGCGAGGUGGCAGAUGCUGUGUCGGCCUACUUAUCCUGCUGUGACCCCGCCGACCCCAUGAGAUACACGCUGGCGGCUCAGGACCUGCUCAUGAGGUCUCGAGGCGUGUUGAAGGAGCGCGGCUGGCGGCUGCCCAACGAGAAGCUGGGCUCCGGCGACGACAUCACCGUGUUCGUCAUCCCGCUCGCUGGGCACGAGUCGGAGACAUGACGAGGUGCUGUGACGACCUCUCGGGGUUCUUCCCACGGCC